AUGGAGAAGGCUGAGAAACUCAGUGCUGCCUUUGUCUCAAUCUUUACUGGUAAGACUGGCCUUCAGGGAUCCUCUGAGACCAGUGGGAAAGUUUGGAGCAAGGAAGAUCUCUCCUUGAUAGAGGAGGAUGAGGUUAAGAAAGAUUUAAGCAAACUGGGCAUAUAUGAGUCCAUGGGACCUGGUGGGAUGCACCCACAAGCACUGAGGAAGCUGGCUGAUGCCUUUGUAAGGCCACUGUUGAUUAUCUUUGCAACAGAGUGGGCAUUUAAAGAUACUGGCAAAGCACCUGUGGAACAAGAAGUAGCCAUUCAUCGAAUUAGAAUUACUUUGACAAGUCGCAAUGUAAAAUCACUUGAGAAGGUCUGUGCCGACUUGAUCAGAGGUGCUAAGGAAAAAAACCUAAAGGUGAAAGGACCUGUUCGCAUGCCCACCAAGACUCUGCGAAUCACUACCAGGAAGACACCUUGUGGUGAAGGUUCUAAGACCUGGGAUCGUUUCCAAAUGCGUAUCCAUAAGCGACUCAUUGACUUGCACAGCCCUUCUGAGAUUGUCAAGCAGAUCACUUCCAUCAGCAUUGAACCAGGUGUAGAGGUCGAAGUUACUAUUGCCGAUGCCUAAAUGAUGGUCAUCUACUUUUAAUAAAGUUGAUUUACAAAUUUU